AUCCUCGGCGGGAAGAAAGAAAAAUCCAAGAUGGCGCGGGGAAGGACAAGUACGGGAAAAGGGCCUGGGAAAGGCACAAGACUGCAUAAAACUGUUGCCUGGCUAUGGGCUGAGACCACGGAACCACAUAAGAUUACACAGAAAAAUGCAGAUUCCGCGUAUCGAAUCGGAAUGGCGCCUUGCGACAAAGGGUCUUGUCGAAUCAAUUGUAAGUCAAAUCCUAAUUGUCUGAAUGCGCUUGGUGAAAAGCUAUGGCUUGGGGAGGUUCAAGACAAUUAUUGGCACACUUUACAAGAUCCAGAAUCUGAAAGACGAAAAAAGAAUGAGUUUGUUGGCUUAAAAAAUCUUGGUGCUACUUGUUAUGUCAAUACCUUUCUUCAACUGUGGUUUCAUAACACUAGUCUUAGGUCUGCUCUAUAUCACUGGAGGAACCUGGACUUUGAUGAUCAACAAUCAUCUUCCCAUGGUACCCCUAAAGAGGAGAAACCAAUGGAUGAGAGUACUGCGGAGGUCAAAGAGAACGCCGUCAAACCAUCCAAUAACUUACCACCAUUAAUGCCGUCUAGCUGUAUUAGUGACGAUAACAUCACUAAUAUAUGUGCGCAUCUUCAGCUUAUCUUUGCUCAGUUACAGUAUACAUCCAGAAGGUAUAUAGACCCUACUCCUCUAAUACACAGUCUUGGUCUGGACACAGCACAACAGCAGGAUGCUCAAGAGUUCAGUAAACUUUUCAUGUCACUCCUUGAGUCAACAUUGUCUGCACAGCCUAACGUAGAAGUCAGAGAUGUGAUUCAAAAACAAUUUGGAGGAGAAUAUGUGUAUGUUACAAAGUGUGAUAAUUGUGGUAACAAAUCCAUGACAUUAUCACAGUUCUUUGAGCUGGAUCUCAACAUUCAGGGGCAUUCAUCUUUGAGUCAAUGUAUCAAAGAAUUCCUCAAGGAAGAGGAACUAAAUGGAGAUAAUCAGUAUUUUUGUAUGGCUUGUAACAGCAAACAGAAUGCUAAAAGAUAUAUAGAAAUACAAGCACUACCCCCAGUAUUGAACCUUCAACUGCUGAGAUUUGUCUUUGACAGGAAAACAGGUUACAAGAAGAAGUUAAACAGCCAUGUUCAGUUUCCUGAUGUAUUGAGUUUAGAUGGAUUUUUGAGAAACGAUGCUAAACAAGAUACCAGUGAUGCCGUAUAUGACCUUACGGCAGUAUUGAUGCAUCAAGGUACCAGUGCUUAUUCAGGACACUAUGUUGCACACAUCAGAGACACCGAGGCCAACACGUGGUACAAGUUCAAUGAUGAAGACAUUGAAAAGAUGAACAAUAAGUUAAAACUGUCUGGCGAAGAUGAGUCAGAUCCUGGUGAAAAACCUGCCAAAAGACCCAAGUGUAGCAAAGGGUCUCACACUUCACGCAAUGCUUACAUGUUAGUUUACACCAGGAGAACAAAUGAUGCUGUACCUGAGGCCAAGAUUGAGAUUCCUGAACAUCUGCAAGAGAUGGUUGCCAAGGAUAACAGUACAUUUGAACAGUGGAUUGAUGAAAUGAAUAAAAUGAAAAAUGACAUGAUAAACAAAGGCAAAGACCUGCAGGCUUCUGUACAAUCAAUCUAUCAGAUGCUGCCAGUAAAACCAAAGGAAGACUAUGAAUGGGUUUUAACUGAAUGGCUGAGGACAUGGCUUAAUGACAGGGUAGAGAAGAAACCACCAAUUGAUAACUCAUCUCUACUAUGUCCUCACGGAAAGCUUCACCCAGAGAAAGUUCAUAAUGUUAAAAGGAUCAGUGUUAAAGCUGCUGAUUUGUUUUUUGACCAGUUUGGAGGAUUUCCAAGACUUAAAAGUGACUCCAUAUGUCUGCAGUGUGUCAAAUCUAUUUGCCGUCAGAUUAGAUUUAAAGCAAAGCUGGCUGAGGAUGACAAACUCAUUAAAGCAAACUCAAAAAAUAAACCAGAUUCAAGAAUUGGAAGGUCAUACUGGGUUGGUAAGACAUCCCUUCACAGUUGGAAAAGACUUGCUACUAUAGAAGAAGAAGCUAAAAACCCAGUGGUUAAAGUACCAUUGUCACACAACUGUACUCCUGUCAAUCGGCAAUCAAAUGGAAACACAGCUGACACUAAGAACAGUCGUCUCAGUACAGAAAGUAGAAAAAGAAAGAGCAUGUCAACAGAUGAACCAACAACCUCAAAACAAGAAAGCAAUUUAGCAGCAGGUUUGGAGAAUGGUACAUGCGCUGAAGUGUCUUUCAAGGGCAGUCCGUCACAAAUGGAUUCACCGAACCAGGAGGACAGCUCAAAGCAGAAUGACUCCGAUAAUGAUGAUGAUGAUGACGAAGAAGAGUUGAUAAAAUUCAAUGAAGACCUACUCUGUGUACAUAACAAUCUUGUGCCAAGUCUUUCAUGUCGUAGACUUAUUUCUGAGUCAAUAUGGAAAAGACUGAUUUAUUACUUCAAUGAAGCUCCUACAUUUCCUGAAAAUCAUCCUGUUUGUCAGCAAUGUCAGGUGGAAAGUGAAGAUGAACGCAGGAAUUUAGAGAUCAACAAGACAGUUGCUGUUGAAGAAAGAAGUAUUCUUAAUAGUCUAUACUACAAUAAACACAGACCAAAUUUAUAUGACAAAGAUAAUCCAAACAUAUCAUUUCAUGUUCUCAGCAAUUCGUUUUUGGAGAAAUGGAGAUCCUUCCUAAGACGGCAUCAUUUUGUAAGUCGUCCAAAGUGCAUUGCAAACCAAUCUCUUCUUUGUCCUCAUGAGAAAUUCAUGUUCAAUCCAGAGUUGAAGGGCGAGGAUGGGUCUCAUGAAGAGUACAGUUAUAUACUGAGGGAAGAGUGGGAUGUCAUCUCAAGUAGAUAUCCCUACGAUCACGUGAUUACAGUUACCAAGGAAACCACUGACGGUGAUGAAUGUCGGUUUUCGACAAGUCCUGAAAUCUGUGAAAAUUGUCAUGCGUCACGCAUGCUCGAAAGAGCGCGUUCGAUUGAACACUACCGUCACGCAACGAUAUUUGUUCGCAAAAUUACAGACGAGCAUGACCCAGAAGAGAUCCAAAGACGGUUUGAAGAGGAAACGGCCGAUACAGACUCCCCGCAAGAUCUGGAUUAUAAUUCUUCAGACACCAGGAAACAAUCAAAUACUUCAGACGUAUCAAAGAGACGCAGCUCAAGACACAGAAAACAACGUGGAGAGGUUGAUCUUAUUGUAAACUCGAAUCAAACGUUGAGAGAUAUCAAGUUAGAGUUGAUGAAGUCGUUUUCAGUGAUGCCUAUGGAUCAACAUCUCAGUCUCAAAGGAAUCCCUCUAUCAGACGAUGCUGCUACGUUAAGUACUCUUGGUGUCAGACCAGGGUGUCUACUGAUGCUCAAGCUUGAUCAGCCACAAGGUGGAAGUCACCCUGAAACACUGUUAGCUGCUUCAACGACACCAGAAAAAGGAUUUCAAGGAACUGGACUGCUUGGCCACUAACCUCACAUAGCGACCCUAAUUCACUCUUAUUUUGUGACGCACAAUUGAAUCUAGCAUUCACCAAUAAUAUCAGGCUCUCAAAUCGAAGGAUGGGAUAAUAGAUACCUCCCCCCCCCCUAUCAAUAGCUUGAUCACCUUAAACUUAUUUUACAUUCGGGGUGGGAGUGCUACCAUUUCGAGGGGGCUGGGGUCAGGAUCAUUUCCCUUUCGAGUGGUUGAAUAUCCAUUUCAGUCUUUUAAACGGAAAGAACUGCGAUGAAACAGCAACAAACGAUGGACGUGUUAGGCAUAGAGUCAUUACGAUGGACGUGUUAGGCAUAGAGUCAUUACGAUGGACGUGUUAGGCAUAGAGUCAUUACGAUGGACGUGUUAGGCAUAGAGUCAUUACGAUGGACGUGUUAGGCAUAGAGUCAUUUACAUUGUCGUAAAUACAAUAGAACGAGAGCCAAGUCACAAGGAGAAAGACGUGAAAUUCCCCAAUUACUAUUACCAUCCUCGGAAACCCAGGGCUUUUGAGUGGUGUAUAGGUUCCGUGGGUUUUAGAGGAUGAAUUAUUACGCAAAUGAUAUUGUACAAAGGUCUUGUAUUUAGAACCGAUUGAAAAUUGUGAAAUUAUAACCAUAUUUUUAUGUAAAUAAAUCCAUUUCUGCAAAGCCAUUUAAUGGUUUCUUGAA